AUGGUUCACAUAAGGUCUGCUGCUAUCGUAACGCUUCUGAUGCUACUGCUCUUCAGCAUAGUCUCGAGGGCGGAGGAAGUCCCCGUUGCUGUUACAGUGUACCAUGGCAAGAAUACAGACGUAAAAAUGAACCUUCCAGUUAAAUCAAUUGCCAAGUCAGGUGUCAAGGAAGUUAUAAGGUCCCUCAAAAAAACCGGGAAGGAACUGAAGAGGUUCGGGAAGCGAAGCGGUAAAGAACUCAAAAGGUUUGGUAAACGAGUCGGCAGGGCAGUGAAGAGACUUGGUAAGAAGAUCAGGAAGAUAUUUGGAAAAUAA